AUGACAACACCACCGCGACCAUCAUCACCACCACCACCACCACGGCCGCCGCCGCCGCUGCCACCACGUUCCGUGUCAACCGAGGCCCUCCCACAGCCCUUCAGGAGCCGUGGACUGUCCCAACUGACCAGCAACCUUUACAUCGGUAAUGCCGUGGCCGCUAACAACAGGUACCUGCUUACCAGUAACCGUAUCACCACGGUCAUCAAUAUCUCCGUGGAAAUCGUCAACACGUUCAUAGAGAACAUUCAAUAUGUGAAGGUACCUGUGCCCGACUCCCCCAGAGCGCGCAUCUGCAAUUUCUUCGAUGCCAUCGCGGACUAUGUCCACGUAGUAGGGCUGUGCCAGGGCCGCACGCUGGUGCACUGCCACGCGGGCAUCAGCCGCUCCUCCACCGUGUGCAUGGCCUACCUGAUGAAAUACCACUCGCUCACGCUCCACGAAGCACACAUCUGGACCAGGGCCUGCCGUCCGGUGAUACGUCCCAAUAACGGAUUUUGGGAGCAGCUGAUUGAGUAUGAAUUCAAACUGUUUGCUAGAAACACUGUCCGGAUGAUUGACUCCCCCCUGGGGAGAAUCCCGGAUGAAUACCGCAAGGAGCUUCAGCUGUUGAUGUUCCUGUGAGCCACC